AUGGCUGACCAGGAAGUGGAUUUGGACUCGAUCAUUGACCGUCUCUUGGAGGUGAGGGGUAGCCGGCCUGGAAAGCAGGUUCAACUCUUGGAAUCAGAGAUUCGUUUUCUCUGCACUAAGGCGAGAGAAAUCUUUAUCUCUCAACCCAUCCUGCUGGAGUUGGAAGCACCCAUCAAGAUUUGCGGUGAUAUCCACGGCCAAUAUUAUGAUCUUCUGCGUCUCUUCGAAUACGGUGGCUUCCCGCCGGAAGCCAACUACCUUUUCCUCGGUGAUUACGUCGACCGUGGCAAGCAGUCCCUCGAAACCAUCUGCCUUCUCCUCGCGUACAAGAUCAAGUACCCCGAAAACUUCUUCGUUCUCCGUGGUAACCAUGAGUGCGCCUCCAUCAACCGAAUUUACGGUUUCUACGAUGAGUGCAAGCGGAGGUACAACAUCAAGCUCUGGAAGACAUUCACCGAUUGCUUCAACUGCUUGCCCAUUGCGGCCAUUAUCGAUGAGAAGAUCUUCACCAUGCACGGUGGUCUCAGUCCCGACUUGAACUCGAUGGAACAGAUCCGCCGUGUCAUGCGUCCUACUGAUAUUCCUGACUGCGGUCUUCUCUGCGAUCUCCUCUGGUCCGACCCCGACAAGGAUAUCACCGGUUGGAGCGAAAACGACCGCGGUGUGUCGUUCACCUUCGGUCCCGACGUCGUCUCACGAUUUCUGCAGAAACACGAUAUGGAUUUGAUAUGCCGCGCCCAUCAAGUCGUCGAGGAUGGUUAUGAGUUCUUCUCGAAGCGACAACUCGUAACAUUGUUCAGCGCUCCCAACUACUGUGGAGAAUUUGACAAUGCUGGUGCGAUGAUGAGCGUCGAUGAGAGCUUGCUUUGUUCGUUCCAGAUCUUGAAACCAGCAGAAAAGAAACAAAAGUACGUCCACGGGGGCAUGAGCUUCGGCAGGCCCAUCACUCCUCCGCGAAAGCAAAAGAAGUAA